AUGAGUCAGCCGAAGUUUUCAUCCAGUGAAAUUGGUACUCGAGCCUACUUCUACGCCACGGUCACUCCUGCUAUUCUUUUAUUGGAAAAUGUGACAUCAGCAGAUAGUGGAAUAUACUGGUGUCGGGUAGACUUCCUACACUCAGCAACACGAAACUAUAUGGUUAAUUUGACAGUCAUCACUCCACCGAAUCAACCAACUAUAAUUGAUGCGAGGACGCAGGAUUCAAUUCGUUUGUUGGAACCUUAUAAUGAAGGAGACACGAUUGAGCUAUUGUGUGAAGUAAAAGGAGGAAAUCCACGGCCAAGUCUCAUUUGGUAUUUAGAGAACACCAUAAUAGAUGAGACGUUUGAAGAAGAGGACAACGGAGUUACCAGCAAUGCAUUAACAUUCCCAAGAUUGGGACGAGAGCAUCUUAAUGCUAGGCUUAGUUGUCAGGCCUCCAACACAAACUUAUCGCCACCGCCGAGUAUGUUCCAAAGAAUUAAUGAAUCAAACUUGACCCGAAGUGUAGUACAGCUAGUGCCAGAACCACAAGAUCAUGAAAGAUUCCUGAUUUGCCAUGCUGAGAAUCCUCAUCUCAGGGCAAAGAGCCUCGAGGACACGUGGAAAUUAGAUGUUCAAUAUGUACCAAUAGUCAGCCUCAAAAUAAGCCUGACUAGCAAGAAGUCGAAUCACACCUUGGAAGGAGAUGACGUUUACUUGGAAUGCACUGCACGAGCCAAUCCUCGUCCUAGUAAAUUAUUUUGGUUCAAACAGGGUAUGCAAAUAGAGCACAACGCCAGCGCAGGGGUUUUUGUGAGCGAGCAAAGCCUGGUGUUGCAAAAUGUAAUUCGCAACGAUUCCGGAGAGUAUAAAUGUGCAGCACAGAACGAUGAAGGAAAAUCUACAAGCAUCCCAGUUAAUUUACAAAAUUGUUCAGUGUUGAAUUGAAGCGUUACAGCUCUGCAAGUGGAGUGUCAAGAAGGCUUCGAUGGAGGUCUUCCUCAGGUAUUCCAUAUGGAGGUGCUGGAACUACCUUCUAUGAAUGCUCAUUCAAGUUAUCAAACCGGUUCAAAGGUACAGAUAGGUGGCGCUGUUCGAAACUUGCAGCCAUUGCCUCUCUAG